AUGUCACGCGCGCUCCGAUCUCUCUCGCGCGUCCUCGCGCGCGCGAGCGUCGCCUCGCGAGCGAAAGAUUCGAACGCCGUGCAGUCUUCAGCAACAACUUCACGUGUUCGUUCGUUCACGUCGACGUCCGAGCCUGCGCCGUGGUGGAGCGCCUCGCCGAGCGGACGCGUCGCCACCGUUGUCUCCGCGUUCGCGACGAAGAGCGAUCGCGAGCGAUGGACGACGUUCGGGGAUUUCGAACACGGCGGCGCGUCGACGUGCGUUCUAGUACCGGGCGACGACGCGGAGGAAACAGACGAGAGCGAAGGCCAGGUGGACGCGCGAUUUAUCGCGGAGAGGUUUAGCACGAUAAGAGGGACGAUCUCGAGCGAGAUUCCCGGCCACGGCGGCGAUGGGCCGUCGACGACACGUUUACGCAGGAGCGGGUUCGCCGGCGCGCGGAUGCUCGCGCUGCAACCAACGCUCUUCGUUCCAGAUCCCACGCUCGAUUUGGACGCGUACGACGCGCUGAGUUAUCGCGUUCGAGGAGAUGGGCGAAGCUACGUCGCGAGUGUGGUGACGGAGAACUGGAUGACGGAAACUACAAGCGAGGACGCGUGGCUUGCGACGUUUCAUCCGCCGCCAAACGAGUGGGUCGACAUCGUCAUUCCAAUCGAAGCCUUCACGCAAACCUUUCGAGGUCGAGCCAUGGUUGGCGAGCACAGCAGGAUGAGCGCAAGCCGUGUCGUGCGCCUGGCGAUCGCCGUCGCCGGAAGCGCGUCGGAAAACUUAGAGGAACGCCGCGAAAACGAUGGCCCGUUCAGACUCGACGUGCACUCCAUCGUGGGCUUACGCAUGACCGAGGAAGAGAUGGACGCGCACGCCGCGAGCCGUAGAGGCGAUCACACCAAGUAUCCGCUCGGUGGUUUCGCCCUCCUGGCGCACACAUUCACACACACGGGAUCGGACGACGACGAUGACGACGACGUGUUCUGA